GCACGCCGGGCCGGGCCGGGCCGGGCCGUGCCGGCGCUGCCGCCGCCUCCUGGGGCGGACAGCCAAGGUGCAGCACAGCUGCGAGCUGGAUUCCUGCACACCGAGCACGAGCUGAGGGAGCCCAAGGCAGUGAGCCAGGCCGACAUGAAGGUGGAAAUCCUGCCCGCCCUCACUGACAACUACAUGUACCUGCUCAUUGACCAGGACACCAGGGAGGCUGCCAUCGUGGACCCCGUGCAGCCCCAGAAGGUUUUGGAUGCAGUCAAGAAGCAUGGAGUGAGGCUGACCACUGUCCUGACCACCCACCACCACUGGGACCAUGCAGGAGGCAAUGAGAAGCUGGUGAAGAUGGAGCCAGGGCUGUACGUGUAUGGAGGGGACAGCAGGGUGGGGGCCCUGACCCACAGAGUGUCCCACCUGACAUCUCUCAAGGUGGGAUCUCUGAGUGUGAAAUGCCUCAGUACGCCGUGUCACACCUCGGGCCACAUCUGUUAUUAUGUGACUAAGCCAAAUAGCUCCGAGCCACCUGCAGUUUUUACAGGUGACACCCUGUUCGUGGCUGGCUGCGGGAAGUUCUUCGAGGGCACCCCAGAGGAGAUGUACAGGGCACUGAUUGAGAUUCUGGGCAGCCUGGACCCCAGAACGAGGGUUUACUGUGGCCACGAGUACACCAUCAACAACCUCAAGUUUGCUCGGCACGUGGAGCCCAGGAACCCCCACAUCCAUGAGAAGCUGGCCUGGGCCAAGGCCCAGUACGACAGUGGAGAGCCCACCAUCCCCUCCACCAUCGCUGAGGAGUUCACCUACAACCCCUUCAUGAGAGUGAGGGAGAAGUCAGUCCAGGAGCACGUUGGGGACAGCGACCCUGUGCGGGUCAUGGGCGCCAUCAGGAGAGAGAAGGACAACUUCAGAGUGCCCAGGGACUGAGCCCUGCCUGCAUCACUUUAAUGUCACUUCAGGUGUCACUUAGACCUUUCAGAUGUUUUAGGAGUCAAAUCUUCUGUCGUGGUUGAAGUUUUCUUUAGGUUUUCUGUUUUGUUUUAAUUCAGAAAAAAAAAAAGCACUUUGCCCUUGUUGAGAUGUUCUACAGCAUAUUUAUAUUAUGAUGAAGAAUAUUUAUCCUCCUCUUGCUCUCUCAAGCUGUCACGUGUCACCUGCAGAUCAUUGUGCAAGUGUUGGUGUGAGACCCCAGGCUGGGCAGGAUCAAGCCUGGGGGUUCAGGAAGCAGCUCCUGUCCUUGCUGUGGAUGCACAAGGUGGGACUGAGAUGUCUUUGUGUGAAGCAGAGACCAAACACAGGAGCUGAAGAUCUCAAUGUUUCCUCCAUGCUGCUACUUCACCAUCCUGGGUGUCCUCCAGGGCCGGACCUGCCGUGCCAGUGCUGCUUCAGGGUGUCCCCUGUCCCCUGCCCUGGCUCUGGGGUGGCUCUGGGGCCAUCCCGCUGCUCUCUUGUCCCCAGCAUUGCUCUGCCUGCACCCUUUGAGCCCCAAGCUGUUGCAUGAAGCUGCUCCCUGCUGUCCCCUGUGUGUGAGCUGUGCCAGGCUCUGGCUGGUGCCUCAGAAUGCAGGAGCAGCCACUCCUGGGGGGUGCCUGUCCCCCUGAGGGUGGUGGCAGCCCUGCAGCAGGCCUGGCAGUCACAGGCAGCUGAGCAGUUGUUACCUGUCCCCAGGUGAGCGGGGAUGGGGGGUGGCACCAGGUCUCCAUUUGCUUUAGAAUGCUGAAUUUUCUGUGGUUCAGAGAGAAAAGUGUUACCUAAAGCCGUGCUGCCACACCUGAGUGUGACUGGCCUGAGGGCUGGGCAGAGGGGAAAUAAAGAACAGCUGGAAGCAGAGGUUGUUAA